UCGAGUCGGAUUCGCCGCAGACAUUCGGCCCGAGUCUGCCGAGCGCGCUGCGUGUGUUCCGCGCUCUCCGCCACACAAACUUUACUCGCUUCCACGAUCGUGAAUCAAGUGCACUUUAUGAACAAACAGUUUUCACUCGACUCGAACCAGUGACAGUUUUUGUGUUGUUUUAUUUUGUUUUGUGAACACAUUGGAGGUGCCCAAUAUUCCGAUACCGGCUAUUGGGCUGCGCCGGCGCCACACCACGGACGCUAGUUAUGAUGUGAGCGGCGCACAGCACCGCGCGUCUCCCAAGGUGUCUGCGAUGUGGUACGUGUGGUGCGCGUUAUUGUGGUCGUCCUGUGCGCUGGGGGCGGCAGUGGUACCCGAGGGUACGACGGAGGCGGCACCGGUGGCGACGACGUCGGAGGCGCCGCGCACGCUGGACCGGCAGGCCUCCGAGCUGGCCUGGCGCUCCUGGCUCAAGAGUCCCGAGAGCGGCAACCCCAGCGCCCCGCCGAGGAGGAUCAUCACAAAGUCCCUCUUCAUCACCCCUUAUGUGUGCCCUAAAGGACAACGGCUUGACAGAAACGGAUGCGUUCAGAUGGUGACGGUGAACAAAGACGAGCACGAGCGCAUCCUGCUGGAGCAGCUGAACGCGCUGUUCACGUCGCCGCCGAGCGAGGUGCUGUACGACUACGGCGACGAGGAGGCCGGCCCGCUGCAGCUCUCCAUCCCCAUCGGCCUCGACCCCCAGGCCGCGCCCCUGCACUCCCACGAGCCAGCCCCAGAGGCUCACGACCAGCAAAUGAACGUAGUCAAAAAAGAUGAAAACAAACUUAACAACGAUGCGAGCAUAGAAGCUGAAUUGGAACUUCUGAAACUGCAGCAUUCGAAACCAGAUAACGAUACUGCCUCGCUCGGGGGCGCCGGCGUCCUCAAUCACAACGUGUUGAACAACUUCCUACCGUACGCGGAUAAACCGAAGCGAGACAGCCCCGCAGUCAAUGAAACUGAGUCAUCUCAAACUAACACUACUGACCUAGGGCAGAAGGAGCAAGUUUAUGGACACGUUAAUGUCGACCCAGUCGUUUACGGUACGGAAUACCAAAACCAACAAUAUGACGAUUUACCUAAAGAGACAGAAGUUACAACUGAACAAACAACAGAGUCAGCGCCGAUACAAGUUAAUGAGACAACCGUUAACAAUACCGACGUACACAAGAAUAAUAGUGUUAUUUUAACGCCUGUUAUGAAUCAAACAAAAGAUGACGUCUCUACUGAAAAAUCUGACAUAAGCACUAAUUUAGAUGAACAUCUGACAAAGGAUAAAACUAAAUUGAGCCCCGAAAGUGAGUAUUCCGACAUCGGAGAAGCAAUAAAAUUGAUCAGUCGCUACGCUGAGGUAACAACUGACGACAAUUUUGCCAAAGAUCAGAAGAAAUACGCUUCGAAAGAUGAUAGCGUGCUCGGCACCCGAACCAAACCACUACAGCAUCGGCGCAAUAAGCCAUCGGAUCUGGCCGAUCCGCCAUUACCAAUUCCGCAUGUUUUCCCGCAAGACAGCAAGGAAAAGCCGAUAUCGACAGGUUACGCGCCUAGCGAGGGUUACUACCGCUAUCCCUGGACAAGUCAACAUACCGUCACCCCUCCACCGAAUUACCCGUUCCGUCAUUUACAAGAUUACUGGCCCGACAGGCGGCCAGCGGGCGGGGUCUACGCGGGCGUAGGCCACGAGAACCCCAGGAGACACCACCACUCGUUCCCGCACAGCUACUACCGGCCGCACGGGCUGGCGGACGCGGCCGCGCCCGCGCCGGAGCUGGCGUACAAGAGCCGCGCGGGCGCCGUGCGCGCCCACAACCAGGACCUCUACACCCUGCUCGGUCUGAGGCACUGGUUCAGCAGCGAAAGUACUUCAAAAAGAUAGCUCACUUCCCCCGACGCUAGACAAUUCGAUGUUACCCGACGACUUAUAAUGGAAGCUAUGGAAGAAAUGUCAUAGAAAGUAAUACGAAUAAACUUAUUACUCCAAACAUAGGCGGAAAGUAGCGACUUUAUUAGCGAAUGUACUUAUAACGAUCUUUGGUCCUAUCUGUUUGAGUUUAACAUUUCUGUCGAUAGCUUUCAAUAUAUUAGCCUAUUUAUUUUAAAGCCAAAUAUUACAGUCAUACAUAGUUAAGUUUUUAUUAGCUGUUUAAGUUUUGUAAAUACGCCUACUUAUACAAUUUAAGUGUUUCGUCUUGCUGAGUAUUAUCGUUGUUUAAUUUAAAUGUAAAUUGUUUAUGAAUUAUCAAUUACUAAUUUAAAUUAUAUUUAUUCGAUGUAAUUACUUUGAUGUUAUUUUCGUUGUGAACUGUGGUAGUGUGUGUAGUAGAUGUUUGGUGUAUAGCGACGUUGUCUUAGUUUACAAUGAACGUAGGUACUGGCGCUGGCUUGCCUAAACCCCUUUCAAGGAUAAUAUCAAAUGAUCAGAAAUUGCUUAAGGUAAUAUAAAUAUUUGUGUUAUUUACAAAGUAGGUAGAUAAUAAGUUUAGUAUACAGAUUCUUCAGACAAUAACUUUGUGAUUUUCGAUACCUAUUAAAACCCACCUUCGUCCGAAAUUCCUAACAAUUAUCCUUGAAAGGAACCGUUUAACUUUAAAUAUAUUGGUUCAUCGGAGCCUCACUUAGACUUGCCUCAUAUUUUAUAGAAUUUUAUGAGAUUGAAGGACGUCUGUUCCUGAAUAAUUUUAAGCUCUUGGAUGUAUAUUAUGUAUAAUUUUCGUACACUCUCAAUAUCUUUAAUUUUCAAAAUGUAUUAGUUUCGUGUAUUUUUAACGUAUUGUUUAACUACUCAUAAUUUGUCUACCGAACUAUUACAAAUACAUAUAACGAUCCCACCAAAGCUUAGAUUAAGUAUUAGAAUAUCUAAUAGUGACGCAUUGGUGCAUUUUAUCUGACUAAUACAAAUUAACUAUAUCAAUUAACGAAUUAUAUUGACAUAGAAAAGUGGAUGUAUUUUUCAGUAAUAUUGAAUGACUAUUUAAAAUAUAUUAUCAAUGAAGCAAUAUAUUUUUGUAAUAGUCUUAAUACGACUAGGAAUUCGGGCCAUUUCCUGACAGUUAUAAUCAUCAAAUUUAAGUUUAAUACCGGUCACGUUUGCAUCCACUCGCGUAUAUUUUAUCUUGAAGAGUUUUGGGGUUAAAAUGUGUACCGGUUCAAUUUUUUAUAUAAAAUUGUAAACCCAAAUUACCAAUCAUUUUGAAAAGCAAAAUUAUAGUUAAUUCAGACAAUGUACUAUCGAAGGCGUACCAAUGUGAAAUGGAAUUGGUAGGUAUAUAUUUACUUUUUUUCUUUAUAUCAAUCUAUGGACACUGUUUCUAACUUCUUAUUUCAGUAGGUACAUCGAUGAAACUUACUUGUGAUAUGGAGCAUAAUCAAGAUUUGGAGAUAAAUCUAACUAAGCGACCAUUUUAUUUGCAAAUUUCUUCUGUGUGUCAAGUACCUAAAGUCACCUAAUAAUAAUAAAUCAUUUAGAUUAUGAACCAAACUACCUGUGUAAUUAGGUACCAACUGUCAGUUAAAUAUUAGGUAUUUCUUUCUUCUUUUCAACUGUUUAUAAGACUUAAUGGAAGUGUUGACGUAAUUAAGUAUAGUAUUUCGUCAGUCACAAAUCGCAACCAGUGGAUUCACUUUAUAGUAAAGUACAAAAUACAUCUUCAUACUCAUACUUUUAAAAAGAGACUUACCCAAAGUAUUGCGUAGGUUCUCAUCUCAUUCCAUAUUUCUAAACAUGUCGCGUCUUUAUAUAAAGUCCACGUCACGAGCUGCAAGACCGGAGCCGUCUUGGCAACUCUUCAAUUCCUGAUUGCGACUGUUUUUGCGCUAAAAACGGCUUGCGUAGGCCCGGCCCGAGGAUGUGCAUCGUCAAAAUCUUGCACAAAUAUCAACUGUUUACUGUACAAAUAGAUUAAGGUAUUAUAAGUAGUGAACUCUUAAUAUAAUAAAAACAAAUUGAAACAGAACUAACAACAAAAAUAGAAAAUUAUCAACCAUUUCCUUUGGUUCAGAAGGGUUUACCUUUAUUUUAUCAUUAAAUAUAUUAAGUAAGUAAUGAUAAUUACUUUAUACUUAUCUAUAAAAAUGCUACUUACAAACCAUUUGGAUAAAGAUAGAUUUUGAAACCUUUUUUUUAUUAUUAUAGAGGUGUUCAUAACACUCGAAGAAUGUCUUGGUCGCUUCUACCCUCCGUUUGGUUGCUUCACAUGAUAGCUGUUAGUUCUGUUUUGAUUGUUGUCGUAAAAUAUAUCUCUAAAAUUUGAAUUACUAUACUGCAUUUCGAUGAAUUACACGAAUAUGAUUAUCUGCCAGUAUUUUAUUAUUGUAAAUAUUAAAUGUGUUAUAUUAAACUGAAUCAAAUGGGAA